CAAUACUCUGAUAAAUUUUUUCCAUACAAUUCAUUCGAAAAGGUUGAAACUGAUGAUAUAGCAUUAUCUAGUAAUAUUUGUAAAGUUUACUCAACAAAACAUAGUAAAACUCUGAAACAAUAUCAAAAAGUAGAAUUAAAUGAAACCAUUUUAAAAUUUAUCGCAAUUAAUAAACAAAGCAUAAAUGAACUAUGCUUUGCAAAACAGCUAAUUAGUGCUAUAAAAUGUUUUCACAAGAAUGAUAAGUUCAUACAAACUUG